AUGGAUUAUUCUGAUGAUGACAUACUCGACAUCGAGUCAGGGGAGGAUAGUUUGUACAAUGACGAAGGUUCCGAUAUGGAUUACGGAUUCGCCGAGGAAACAUCUAAACGAGCUCACGUAAAAUUCGUAGUUCUCAACGAAGAAGAUAUUCGCAAGCAUCAAAGAGAUGAUAUUGAACGAGUUUCUACUGUUCUCUACAAGCAAGUCGAAGCGAUCGCUCUCCUUCUUCACUAUCAGUGGAGUGUUGCUAGAGUCGAAGAUGAAUGGUUUACUGAAGAAACAAGAGUCCGUAAAACCGUUGGUCUGUUCAAGGAGCCUGUCGUUGAUGUUAAUGACAGAGAAGUGAAUAUUGAAUGUGGUAUUUGCUUUGAAACGUAUCUUCAAAAGGAAAUCACAAGGGUUUCUUGUGGUCAUCCUUUUUGCAAAACUUGUUGGAAAGGUUACAUCACUGCGAAAAUCAAUGAUGGUCAAGCAUGCUUGAUGGUUAAAUGUCCUGAGCCUUCUUGUUCUGCUGUGGUAAGUCAAGAUAUGGUCAAUAAGGUUAUAACCAAGGAAGAAGAUAAGCAGAAAUAUUAUAGAUAUUUUUUUAGGUCUUAUGUUGAAGCUAGCGGGAAAAAGAUCAAAUGGUGUCCAUCACGGGGAUGCGAAUACGCCAUAGAUUUUGGAAGUAGAAGUGGAAGUGAAGAUUAUGAUGUUUCUUGUUUGUGUUCUUUUGAGUUUUGCUGGAAUUGUAGUGAAGAUGCUCACCGUCCUGUGGAUUGCGGCACGGUGUCAAAAUGGAUUCUUAAGAACAGUGAUGAAUCCGAGAACACGAAUUGGAUACUUGCUAACACAAAGCCUUGUCCUAAGUGCAAGCGUCAGAUCGAGAAGAACCAGGGAUGUAACCAUAUGACAUGCUCCAUUUGUGGACAUCACUUUUGUUGGCUUUGUCUUGCUAGUGGUGGUUACGAGCACGUGUGCCAUAGGUUUAAGGGUGAUCAUGAUGAUGCUAAUGAUCAGAGAAUUAGGGCAAAAAAUGCGAUAGAUAAAUACACGCAUUAUUAUGAAAGAUGGGCAGGCAAUCAAUCUUCGAGGCUAAAGGCUAUGGGAGAUUUGGAGAAGUUGCAAUCGGUACAGCUUAAGAAGCUUAGUGAUAGACAGUCCACACCAGAAUCUCAGCUCCAAUUCAUUGUAGAGGCAUGGCGUCAGAUCAUAGAAUGUAGGAGGGUGCUGAAAUGGACAUAUGCAUAUGGAUACUACCUUCCUGAGCAAGAAUAUGCUAAAAGACAAUUAUUCGAGUAUUUGCAAGGUGAGGCUGAAGUUGGUUUGGAGAGGCUUCACCAUUGCGCAGAGAUGGAGUUGAAUCAGUUUGUCUCUGAAAUUGAAGAUUCAUCUAAAAAUUUCGAUGAAUUUCGGACGAAAAUAAUUGGUUUGACUAAAGUAACUAAAACCUACUUCGAGAAUCUGGUGAAAGCUUUGGAGAAUGGUCUUGCUGAUGUGGAACACAAUUAG